CCAAAAGCUAUGACAUGACAUUAACAGCUGCUUGUUCUCCUGAAAACUUGUUAUUAAAUUGAAACAUGUGUGACUAUUUUAUUUGAUAUUGUUUCCAUUCUACAAUUUCAAAAUAUUUCAAGCGUAAUACAUAAAAAAUAUACUAAUAAAAUGUCGUCUUCAGAGAAUGAUUCUGACAGUGAAAAAGUAACUUCACCAAGAUUGGGAAAGUGCGAGGUUUGCGAUGCGCGGGAAGCGAUUUAUACUUGCCCUAAGUGUGAAGUAAAGACUUGUUGUUUAUCUUGCGUUCGAAUACACAAGAAAGAAUUAGAAUGCGAUGGGAUUCGUGACAGGACUAAAUUCAUCAGGAUGAAAGACUUCAGUGACACAGACUUGCUGAGUGACUAUCGCCUGUUAGAGGAAUGUGCAAGGUUUGUUUAUGCAGUCAGGAGAGAUGAAAAAAAGAAAUUCACAAGAAUUGACAAGGAUUUACCUAUUCAUUUAUUCAAAUUAAAAAUGGCUGCAAGGAACAGAGGUAUUGCAUUACAAUUCCUAGCCCAAAAUUUUACACGACACAGUGUCAAUACAACAAGAUAUCAUUAUAAGACAAAUGUCAUAUCAUGGAGAGUUGAAUGGAUUUUUCCUAAUGUUGACACAAAACCAUUAAAAUUUGUGGAUGCAAAAUGUCCUGAACAAAGCAAGCUGUCUGGAUUGCUGGAUAAAUAUCUCAAUACAAAUGCACCAUCUUUUGAAGGUUCAAAAUCUUUGGCUUUCUAUAAAUCAGCUGGAUUUAGUGGCAUCAAAAUAUUGUUAAAAGCUGAGAAGAUAAGGGGAUCUGCAAAGAAGUUUUUUGAACUAGAUCCUACAGAAACUUUAGGUGAAAAUCUGUCAGGAAAAUGUAUCAUAGAAUUUCCUAUAAUAUUUGUUGUUCUCAAGGACCAUGCAUGUAACUUUGAAAUUAUAACACCAGAAGAUGAAUUUGAGGCCAAUUUAAAAGAUCUUGACACUAGACAACAUAUAAAAAACAAUUUUGAAAGUCAAAAAGAUGAAUCUGGAAUUGAAAACUCAAGCCGAGAAAUUAAUGAGCAGAGAAAAAGGCCCCGGCAGUUGUUAACAGAAAAAGUAGCACAGCAGAAAAAAAUGGAAAUUGAAAAGGAAAUAAGAGAAGAAAAGAAAAAGAGACCUAAAAAUUUAUUAUUUACAACAGGGUAUUCAUCAGAAGAAAGUAUAGUUAGCAGUGACAGUGAAAAUGAAUCUAAUGCUAAGAAAUAAAUGCAUUCCUGAUCAAAUUUAA